AUCGAUACCUAAGCGCGUACCGUAUACCCAACACGCUCGGCCAAGACAGCGACAGCAAUGGAGCCCUACACGCUCCAAACAAUCCUGGAAGAUGCACAAGGGCGGCAUCAGCGGAUUACGUGCGUGGAGGCAUGGGAGGAAAACCUGUAUGUCGGCACAAGUGAUGGUCAGAUCAUACAUUAUGUCGAGGAUCCCGGCGUUUCGACGGACAAGGUAUGCAAUUGACUCCCCUAUGUCUGCCGAUGAGCUUGAUUGAGGUCAUGCCGUCCUAUCUGGUUGCAUCACAGCAGACAGUCAUCUCCGGAAAGCCAAUUACAUCUAUGCUUUUACUGCCACAAAUAUCGCGCGCUGUCAUCCUAUGCAACACAACCCUCAGCUUCCACGUUCUACCAGAGUUGACGCCGGCAACCGAAACACGUAUCAAAGGUGUCAACGGCGUAUGCCU